UUAUCUUAUAUAGGAAUGAAAAUGGCUUCUGACAACUUGGCAAUGGGAAUUUUCCUCUUUUCCCAGAUCACAGUGGGAGUGCUUGGAAAUUCUUCAAUAAUAUUUUAUUAUCUGAUUUUUAUAUUCAAUGGGAAGCAUUUAAUGCCCAAAGACCUGAUUAUAGAGCACUUGGCUUUAGCCAAUUGCUUGUCUAUCAUCUCAAGAGGCAUUCCACAGGCAAUGUCAGAUUUCAGAUUUAAGGAUUUCCUCAAUGAUGUUGGAUGUAAAUUGAUAGUCUACAUUUACCGAAUAGCAAGAGGGGUGUCCCUGUAUGUCAUGUGCCUACUGAGUUGCUUCCAAGCGAUCACAAUCAGCUCCAGCAACUCCAGGUGGAUGAAGCUUAAACACAGAGCCACCAAGUACAUCGGUCCCUCCUGCUCACUUAGUUGGCCUGUGUACCUGGUUCUAAACAUCUUGACUCCAGCAAGAGUAUCAGGCCCCAUUUCCAACCAAAAUGUGACUAGCAGGCUGAGUUAUGGGUACUGCUCAUGGUUUGCCUCCGGUAAUGUGGUAACGGCCCUGUAUAUAUCCUUACUGUGCUUCACUGAUGGCCUGUGUCUGUGUCUCAUGGCUUGCGUAAGUGUCUUCAUGGUGAGUGUCCUCUACAGACAUAAGAGACAAGUCCAGCACAUCCACAGUGCUCAACGCUGUCUGAAAGUCUCGCCUGAGGCUAGAGCUGCCCAAACUAUCCUUACCCUGGUGUGCAUAUUCGUCAUCUCUUAUGCAUUCUCCUCCAUUGUUGUCAUCUUUACGACCUACUCAGAAGGUUCGGUGCUAUGGAAAAAUGCUAAGACUCCAGUUUGA